AUGUCUGGAAUAAAGACAGCCGGCGGAAACGCCGCAUACCACAAUUUCAUCAAUGACUUUGCACACAUCGAGGAUCCCCUAGAGCGUCGAAGAUUGGCCCUGGAAAAGAUUGAUAACGCCAAAUUUGGCUGGUACCAUAUUCGCGCCAUCAUGGUUUCCGGUGUUGGUUUCUUGACGGACUCCUACGACAUUUUCGCCAUUAACCUGGGUGUCUCCAUCAUGGCUUACGUCUACUGGGGAGGCCACAUUCCAGACUCCACCACGACAAUGCUCAAAGUUUCCACCUCUGUCGGAACAGUUAUUGGCCAGGUAGGCUUCGGAUGGUUGGCCGAUUACGUCGGCCGUAAGAAGAUUUACGGAACCGAACUUAUCGUGAUCAUUGCUGCUACCGUCCUACAGACCACCAUUGGAGAGUCCUCGGCGAUUUCGUUCCCAGCCAUCCUUACUUUCUACCGUAUUAUUCAGGGUAUUGGUAUUGGUGGAGACUAUCCAUUGUCUUCAAUUAUUACUUCGGAAUUUGCAACCACCAAAUGGAGAGGUGCCAUCAUGGGUGCUGUGUUUGCGAACCAGGGUUGGGGACAGCUGUUUGCAGGUAUCGUGGCCAUCGUUUGCAUUGCCGCUUAUAAGGACUCUUUGAUCACUGCUGACUCCGCUGCUGAAUGUGGUGCGGCUUGUAUCCAUGCCUGCGACACUACGUGGAGAAUACUCAUUGGAAUGGGUGCUGUGCCUGGGUGUAUUGCGCUGUACUUCAGGCUGACUAUUCCAGAAUCACCACGUUACACGUUCGAUGUUUCUCGUGAGCUUGAGAAGGGUACUGCUGAUGUUGCUAAGUUUGUUUCUGGUGAACACGGGGAUGCUGGUGCCGAACAGAUUGAAAUUCUGCGCGAGUCUGAGAACGACUACGCCGUUGACAUUCCAAAGGCUUCCUUUAAGGACUUUAUCGGCCACUUUUCCCAGUGGAAGCACGGAAAGAUCUUACUUGGAACCGCUGGUUCGUGGUUCACUCUUGAUGUUGCUUACUACGGACUGGGUUUGAACACUGCUACUAUUCUCCAGACCAUUGGCUAUGCCAGUUCCAAGAACGUUUACCAUUCGCUUUACAACUCUGCUGCCGGUAACCUGAUUCUGGUGUGUGCUGGUUCGAUUCCCGGAUACUGGUUUUCAGUCGCGACUAUUGACACAUUUGGCCGUAAGCCUGUCCAGUUGAUGGGCUUCGUCUUGCUCACAGCCAUUCUGUGUAUCAUUGGUUUUGGCUACCACAAAAUUGGCGAGCAUGGAAAACUGGCGAUGUACGUUCUGGCCCAGUUCUUCCAGAACUUCGGACCUAACACAACCACCUUUAUUGUGCCCGGAGAGUGUUUCCCAACCCGUUACAGAUCCACUGCUCAUGGUCUUUCUGCUGCCUCUGGUAAGGUUGGUGCCAUCAUUGCCCAGACUGCCAUUGGUACUUUACAAAAUAAAGGCUGCGCCCCUGACAACAAGAACUGUUGGUUGCCUCACGUGAUGCAGAUCUUCGCUCUGUUCAUGUUGCUCGGAUUUUUCACCACGCUGUUAAUCCCAGAAACUAAGCGCAAGACUCUCGAGCAGUUGUCCGAGGAGCUCCACGGCGAGGUGGACUACUCUAAUACCAAUCGUGGUGUGAUUUCAUCAUCUUCUGAUGACGAGGAGGCCAAAAUUGCUUGA